CAAAAGACAUAAACGAAGAAGAAGAUAAAGAAAUCAACUUGUGAAACAGGAGGUAGCAGGAGAUAUGGGGGACAAGGAAGAAGUCCUUGAGGCGGUUUUGAAAGAAACUGUGGAUCUGGAGAAUGUGCCUAUUGAAGAAGUUUUUGAGAGUCUGAGAUGUAGCAGAGAAGGUCUCUCUACAGAAGCUGCUGAUGAAAGGCUUGCUCUUUUUGGGCAUAACAAGCUCGAAGAGAAGAAGGAAAGCAAAUUCCUGAAAUUUCUUGGUUUCAUGUGGAAUCCUCUUUCUUGGGUUAUGGAAGCUGCUGCUAUCAUGGCUAUUGUUCUUGCUAACGGAGGAGGGAAGCCUCCUGAUUGGCAAGACUUUGUUGGUAUUAUUACUCUGCUUGUGAUAAAUUCCACCAUCAGUUUCAUAGAGGAGAACAACGCCGGGAACGCCGCUGCUGCUCUUAUGGCACGUCUUGCCCCCAAAGCAAAGGUUCUUCGAGAUGGAAGGUGGGGUGAGCAGGAUGCUGCAAUUCUUGUUCCUGGUGACAUAGUCAGCAUCAAGCUUGGGGAUAUUGUUCCAGCUGAUGCUCGCCUUCUCGAGGGUGAUCCCCUUAAGAUCGAUCAGUCUUCUCUUACUGGUGAAUCUCUCCCAGUAACCAAAGGUCCAGGGGAUGGUGUGUAUUCCGGCUCCACUUGCAAACAGGGCGAGCUUGAAGCGGUUGUAAUUGCAACAGGAGUCCAUACCUUCUUUGGAAAGGCCGCACAUCUUGUUGAUACUACCAACCAAGUUGGCCAUUUUCAACAGGUGUUAACUGCCAUUGGGAAUUUCUGCAUCUGCUCUAUUGCAGUGGGGAUGAUAAUUGAGAUUGUCGUUAUGUAUCCCAUUCAACACCGAGCAUAUCGUCCUGGAAUUGAUAACCUUCUUGUGCUUCUCAUUGGUGGUAUCCCAAUUGCCAUGCCUACAGUUCUCUCUGUGACCAUGGCCAUUGGCUCGCAUAGGUUAUCUCAGCAGGGAGCAAUAACCAAGAGGAUGACAGCGAUUGAGGAAAUGGCUGGCAUGGAUGUGCUUUGCAGCGACAAAACCGGAACUUUAACAUUGAAUAAACUUACUGUUGACAAAAAUCUUAUCGAGGUUUUCACGAAAGGAGUGGAUGCGGAUACAGUAGUUCUAAUGGCAGCUCAAGCCUCUAGACUGGAAAAUCAAGAUGCCAUUGAUGCUGCUAUAGUUGGGAUGCUUGCUGACCCUAAAGAGGCACGAGCUGGUGUUCGAGAAGUUCACUUUCUUCCAUUCAAUCCCACUGAUAAGAGGACGGCUCUUACAUAUAUUGACAGUGAUGGUAAAAUGCAUAGGGUCAGCAAAGGUGCACCUGAGCAAAUCCUAAAUCUUGCGCACAAUAAAGCAGAGAUUGAGCGGAGAGUUCAUGCUGUAAUAGACAAGUUCGCUGAACGGGGUUUGCGAUCUCUUGCCGUGGCAUACCAGGAAGUUCCGGAAGGGACAAAGGAAAGUGCUGGAGGCCCUUGGCAAUUUAUGGGUCUGAUGCCUCUUUUUGACCCACCUAGGCAUGACAGUGCCGAGACAAUUAGAAGGGCUUUAAAUCUUGGGGUGAAUGUCAAAAUGAUCACAGGGGAUCAGUUGGCUAUAGGAAAAGAGACUGGACGCCGUUUAGGGAUGGGAACCAACAUGUACCCUUCAUCUGCUUUGCUCGGACAGCACAAGGAUGAGUCUAUAGGUGCCUUACCCAUCGAUGAUCUCAUAGAAAAGGCCGAUGGCUUUGCUGGCGUUUUUCCUGAGCAUAAAUAUGAGAUAGUUAAGCGACUACAAGCGAGGAAGCAUAUCUGUGGAAUGACAGGUGAUGGAGUAAACGAUGCACCUGCUCUUAAAAAGGCUGAUAUUGGCAUUGCAGUUGCUGAUGCAACUGAUGCAGCACGUAGUGCUUCAGAUAUCGUUCUUACUGAACCUGGUCUUAGUGUUAUCAUCAGCGCUGUCUUGACCAGUCGUGCUAUCUUCCAGAGAAUGAAAAAUUAUACAAUCUAUGCGGUUUCCAUCACUAUCCGUAUUGUCCUUGGCUUCAUGCUGCUGGCUCUUAUAUGGAAGUUUGACUUUCCACCCUUCAUGGUUCUUAUCAUCGCCAUCCUGAAUGAUGGCACAAUUAUGACAAUAUCAAAAGACAGAGUGAAACCUUCCCCUCUUCCAGAUAGCUGGAAACUCUCAGAGAUAUUUGCAACUGGCGUUGUGUUUGGGAGCUACAUGGCAAUGAUGACAGUUAUAUUUUUCUGGGCUGCAUAUAAAACCGACUUCUUCCCGCGAACUUUUGGAGUUUCAACCCUUGAGAAAACUGCACAUGAUGAUUUCCGGAAGCUUGCCUCAGCAAUAUACCUUCAAGUCAGCAUCAUAAGUCAGGCGCUUAUCUUUGUGACCCGAUCACGGAGUUGGUCUUAUGUAGAACGUCCUGGGAUGUGGCUUGUGAUAGCCUUUAUCCUCGCACAAUUGGUGGCUACUCUAAUUGCAGUCUAUGCGAAUUGGAGCUUUGCUGCAAUAGAAGGGAUCGGGUGGGGAUGGGCCGGGGUCAUCUGGCUUUACAAUAUCGUAUUCUAUAUUCCUCUUGAUAUCAUCAAGUUCUUGAUUCGUUAUGCCCUUAGCGGAAGAGCCUGGGAUCUUGUUAUCGAACAAAGGGUUGCAUUCACGAGGCAGAAGGAUUUCGGGAAAGAACAAAGGGAGCUACAAUGGGCGCACGCACAGAGAACUCUGCACGGCCUGCAAGCACCAGAUGCUAAGAUGUUCCCAGAGCGAACCCAUUUCAACGAGCUUUCCCAAAUGGCUGAAGAAGCUAAGAGAAGAGCCGAAAUCGCCAGGUUGCGGGAGCUUCACACACUCAAGGGUCAUGUUGAAUCUGUUGUGAGACUAAAAGGUCUCGACAUUGAAACCAUUCAACAAGCUUACACCGUCUGAGAGAAGCAUAGAGAGAGCCCAAGAACCGUAUCAAAAUCAUUCAAGAAGGUCAAUAUCCCUGUUUGAAACUUCGAUACAAAUUAUGCAUAUAAAGUAUCUGUUUCUUAGUAGUCUUUUUGGUUGGUUUUUAUUUCCUCUUCUGAGUUUUAAGAUUUGUUCUGUUAUUAUGAUGAUGUAUGACAGAAAAUAGAAACAGAGUCCUCAA